AUGAAACGUAAGGGUGAUGAUGCAUUGGAGCAAAUUGAUCGAAAACGUGAAAAGCGGCGAUUAAUAUGCAUGCAAAUUGAUGAUCACAUUGAAGAGAUCAAAUUAGCUGACGCAGAAAGAUGUAAAUUGGAGGCAUUAGCUGAGACUGUCAAGAGUGCUAUUUAUGCAAGUAAGGAGGCAAAAAUUGCUCAUCAGAUGAACGAUCUGCAGAAAUUACAUUUAGGCAAAAUUCAUUUUCCACUGUCAUUACCUUUUAAUUUGGAAUUAAGUAGUAUUAAAUCAACGUGUGGUUGUCGUUGGGUUCAUCCGGUUAAAAUCGAUAGCUUAGGUAGUUGGCGUAUUUGUUAUCAAACAAAAAUGGAUCCCGUUUUGGAUCUCAUCAUUAUUAUACCUCAGGAUUAUUUUGGCUCACGUGAUUAUCUUAAUUUUGCAUAUUUUGUCAAACGUGCUCACUAUAUUUGCCAGGUGGCACGGAUUUUGAUAAAAACAGGGUUAUCAGUAAAAUUUGGAUUGGAUCAUUGCGACACAUUGAAGCCCUUAUUGUUUGUAGCAAACAAAGACGGACAUGAAAACGAUGGAUUCUUGCGAAUUCAUUUUGCUCCUCCACGUGAGUUCACAAAGAUUUCUCGACUUCGUCCAGAAAAUAAUAAUUUGAGGCCCGCUUUUUGUUCGGCUCACUUCGGAUCUCUCGGUAUCGAUACACCUACACCGGUUUAUAAUUCAAAGAUAUUAAUUGAUAUGUUACGCGAAGAAAUUGAAUCCAAGUAUGAAGCUUUUUUUCGUCAAAAACCAAACUUUUUAAAAGCCUUCAUUAUGAUACGUUCGUGGAUGCUUCAAAGAAAUUUCAUUCAGAGAGUUGAUGGCUUUUCGGAUUUGCUAUUAGCAGCUUGGCUUAUAUACAUUAGCGUCCAAGAAGUUUCCUUCGCUCAGGCAUCUGUUUUCGACAUCAUCACAGGAUUUUUCUCAUCUAUCAUAUCAGUAAACUGGCAACAAUCUCGUUUGGGUUUAUGUGAUAAUGAUGCGUUACAUUCACAGUUCUCAUCACAUUUCGAUUUCGUAUUCCUUGAUCAUACAGGAUAUCUCAAUUUGGCUACAUCUUUGAGCAUCACUGCUAUGGAGCAAAUUCGUGCUGCUGCUACAAAUGCUCUAACAAAGAUUGAUAUCUUCAAUGAAUUUGAUCAUCUUUUUGUGAAAAAUCAUCCUUUUACUACAUCUUUUGAUCAGUACAUUAGGAUACGAUUACCUCAAACAUAUCUGCAAAAUAUUUUUCAAAAAACGUGCAGUGCAGAGUGUGUAAGCACUUGUAACGAUCUAUUGCUUAUAUUUAAACGCAGGCUAACUCCACUGCUGAAAGAGGCUUUUGCGGAUAGAAUUGUGAAUUUCGAUUUUUUUGCACCAGAUCAACAGGUCACACCGUGGGACGUAUGUAUGGAACGAGAGAAAUGUACGGAUGAGAAUGUAACACUACUAAUUGGAUUUCAACUUUCGUCGAAGUGGAAUAAUUUAUUGACACGCGGUCCGCCAGCUAAAUCACCGGAUGCAGUUCAUUUCCGUCAAUUCUGGGGUGAUAUUUGUGAAUUGCGAAAGUUCCCAGACAAUGCAAUCUGUGAAGCAGUUGUCUGGGGCUCCAGUAAUGUUACUGUGCUCAUUUGCCAACAUAUUAUUCAGAGGCAUUUAAAAUUAGAAGCAAAUAAUGUAGAAGAGCGUACGUUAGAAAUGGAAGAAAUCUUACCGAAUGCAAUGGACAGAUAUAGUACAAUCGGAAGAGCUUAUGAUAAAUUAUCUCAAACACUUCGACUAGUGCAAGGCUUACCUCUUCUUAUAACAAAUAUCCAUCCUGUAUCCUCUUAUCUGAGACGAACUGCGCCUUACCCACCUCUCUCUACUAAUGCAGUGAUCGAAAGAUACAGUGCCGUCGUUAAAGAUUCUGUAGCACUUCCGUUGUCACAUAUUUCACCUCCUUAUUUGCCUACUAUAGAAGUGCAAAUAACAAUGGAACAAAGUGGAAAAUGGGGCGAUGAUCUGGGAGCUAUUGCACGCCUUAAGACUGCCUUUUAUAUUGAGCUGUCAAAAAUACUAAAGGAGAAACAUUCGAUGCAAGCUAUUCCCUUCGAUGAUUAUUUAAUUGUUCAUUUUAAUACUGUAGUAUUUCGUUUGGUAAUAAACUAUCCGAAAGAAGUGCAUAUAAUGAGGAAAUUAAAUGGUGGUAAGACAGGUAUUCUAAAAGAUAGUCCAGCAUCAAAAUUGAAAGAGUUGGAACUAAUACUGGAACCUCAAAUUACUUCAUUAUUACAUAGUGUAAGCCAACAAUUCGAUGCGUUCGCUAAUACAUGUCGUCUAGCGAUGUAUUGGUUAUCAUCUCAUGCAUUAUCUGAUUAUCUAAGCGAAGUAAUUUUGGAAACUAUAGUUGCUUCUAUAUUUCUUAAACCAUUCUCAAUUGAACCACCAAGAACAUCAUUCGUUGGUUUCUUUCACUUUCUAAUAUUGCUUUCUACGCAUAAUUGGUUAGUGAAGCCGUUACUUGUUGAUUUCGACAACAAUUGGACAGAGGAAGAUGUAGAUGAAAUACAAAAAGAGUUUAUCAAAAUGAGACCGGUAUUGCCUGUAAUGGUGAUUUGUACGUCGGUUGAUAGGAGUGGUUGCCGAUGGACAAGAGAGGAACCACAACCAUUGAUCUUGAAACGAAUAAUUGCACUCGCCAAAGCAUCAGCAGCACUAAUUGAACAACAUAUCAAUAAUUCGUUGCCGUUAAAUUUAAAGGGAUUAUUCACAACAAAUGUUUCCACUUUCUGUAAUGUUACUAUCCAUAUCAGAAGACGACAUAUGGUCCGACAAAAAGUAAUUCAUGGUAAAUUAAUAAAUGGACCAUUACCAGUAAUUGAUUAUGAUCCAAUUAGGGAUUAUAUAAAGCGUUUGCGGCAAUGUUUCUCUUCAGUUGCUCUUUUCUUCUACAACAAAUACGUAGGUGAUGUGAUCGGAGUGGUAUGGAAGCCAGCUGCAUUAAUACCACGAGAUGCUAGCAUAUCCAGUUGUUUACAUCGGUUAAAGGGACCAGAUAAUAAGUUAAUAGUUAAUACAAAAGCUAUAUUGGAUGAUUUUACAAUACUUGGUCAUGGCAUUGUUUACAAUGUGAGCGAACAUUGUGUUACUAAAGACGAAAAGAAUACGACAAGUUGA